UUUUAGUAUAAAGGUCAGAUUUUUAAUUAUUACAUUUCUCUUAAACUCUCUUCUCUCUCUUCUUUCUCUCUCUUCUUACACACAAACAUACUCUCUUCUCUCCUUUUCUUCUUCAUUUUCUUCUUACAGAACACAAGUAUGAGCAGUAGCAGCGGCGUUGGUGGUUCUAGGGUUUCAAUCCCAACCAAUGUGAAGAAAACAAUCAAUGACAUAAGGGAGAUCACUGGGAAGCAGCACAGCGAUGAUGAAAUCUAUGCUGUCCUCAGAGAGUGCUCUAUGGAUCCCAACGAAACUGCUCAAAGGCUCUUAUACUUAGAUACAUUUCAUGAGGUUAAAAGCAGGCGUGAGAGGAAAAAGGAUGUUAACUUUAAUACUAGAGGCUCUGAAGAGAGAUCACCAACAGGUGUGCAGAGGAGAGUUAAGGGGAGUGUUCAGGGGAACUAUGGCUCUAAUUUUUCAUCAGAUGUGGGUGGAGGGAGGAAUGGCGGUCGAAGAGAAAAUGGGAAUACUCAUUUCACCGAUAGAGGUCCUAUGUCUCCUACGGGGCCAUACUCGCAGAGAAUGAAAAAUAACGCCUCUUCUCGAGUCACAAAGGCAGUGACUGGUUUGCCCAAUGGCACCGCAAAUAUGCCAAAUGGGGUUUCUUCGGCUGAUGCAAACAAAUUGGAACCAGCAGCUCCUCCACCUGCUGUUGCUUCUUCCCCUCCUACCGUUGCUUCACUGGUCGAUGAGCAAGGAAAGUCAACAACUUCAGAUUCUCCUUCUGCUCCUGACUCGGGGGAUUCUUGUGUUGUAAGUAUAGUAGAAAAACAGUUGGCAGCUGAACCAAAGGAGGAGAUUAAUGUAAGCAACACUGUUUUGGGCAAUAACAAUCUUGAAUUAAGUGACUCUGUGAGUGAGGAAGUUGUUCAGGGAGCUGCGGAUUCUAAGUUGAACGAGAAGAGUUGUGAACCAAGUGAAAACGAAACAGUGUGUGUCACUGAGCCUUCAGAACCCCCUCUUUCGGUAAUCCAAGAAGUUAUCACAACCGAAGCUUCAAGUACUGUAGUUGAAGGUAGUUCUCAAUCCGAGUCUAAUGUUACUGAAUUCCAACAUGUUACCUUUCCAAGUAAUUUUGAAGUCCCGGAAGCUUUGAAGAACGGGCUAACUUUUGGAAGCUUCGAUACAAAAGUUGAGUCAGUAAGUGAAGGUGUUGAGAAUAUGGGCCUUACCAAAUCUUCUCAGGAUACUGAUGAAACUUAUAAGGAACGUUCUUCUAGUGUCCCGAGCGAUUAUCUUGAAAAUUCAGAGUCUCUCCCUCAAGUGCUUGAAAAGCUACAACCUUUAUCUGAGGGUACAGAUUUAAAGGGUAAACAGUUAAAACAGGAGACAGUCACGCAGCUUCCUCUAAAUGGAGCUCAGUUCCCAGUAGUCAUAAAUGCGCCAAACUAUGGUGUCGGUUUAAUGCCUCCUAUGCUCGGUGGUCAUCAUCUUGUACGUUUGGAAGGACAUGAAGUUCAAGCUCAUGAAAACCGCUCCCCUAACUUUGCUAAUGGGAAUUCUGUGACUUCAUCUACAGCAACUUCGGUUGCACCAGUACCGAGCUCCAUGGCCAUGACACCACAACCACUCCCAGUUUUCAGGCACGCAUAUCCUUCGAAUUUCUAUCCCUACCAUUGCAUCCCUCCUCCAUAUUAUGUGCCAAACAUGCACCACCAGUAUUUGAGCCAGAAUGGGUUUCCAUCUUCAAACGGAAACAUAUUUCUACCACCACCACCACCGCUGACAGCUGCUGGGCUCAAAUACGCUGUUUCACAGUACAAGUCACCGAACAACGGUGGAAACCCAACUCAUUUAGGGAUGCAGCCGACCAGUUCAUAUCUUACCGCUCCAGUUGGUUAUGCUCAACCGAUUGUAUCUGCAAGCUUGAUGGGUAAUGAAGAUCCAGCGGCCUCUCACCUGAAAGAAAAUCAAAUCUACACCACUGGACAGCCGAGUGAAGCAUCAGGUUAUUGGAUUCAUCCCACAGGACAAGAAAUGCCCGGUUUACAGAUGAAUUCAAUGUACAACAUUUCCCCACAACACAUUGCAUACGCAGCACCUCAGCAAUCCGCUCAUGCUGCCUAUGCUGGAAUCUUUCCUCCACCCGGGCAUGCUAUGACCGCUCCUUCAACCCUUUUGCAGCAUUCUCAAGCAGUGACUGGAGCUACAAUCGAAAAUGCAGGACCCCCGAACGGUACUUACCAACAGCCCCCUCAGCAGCAGCAGCCUCAGCAUCCACAACAAAUGAAUUGGAAUGCUUCCUUCUGAUAACUCCGAAUAAAAACAUUUUCCAAAGCCCCCCCCCUACAACAACAAGUGAACAAACAUGUCUAGUGUGGAUCAAGAUUAGUUUUUUUUGCGAGUUUGAUGCGCGCCGAUGGCCUGUUCUUGAGUGUAAAUAUAAAAUGUGGCCUAGAAUUUUGAUUUAAAGAGAAAAAAAAAAAACACAAAAAGAGAAAAUCUUCUAUUGGGGGAGUCAUUUGAUUACUGACUAAUCAAGAAUUAAGGGGGAUAAUAGUUUUUUCCUUUUUUUUUUUACUUGUUUUUAUGUUUCUCCUCAUCCCUUUUGUUUUUGGUAGUUGUUCUUGGUUAUAUGUUGGAUGAGUAGUGAGAGAGAGAGAGAGACCUUUUUAGUAAUUUCUUUUAGAAUUAAGAGGUAAUAUAGGAAAUAUUGAAAUGAAGAGAAUGAUAGAAUAGGUGGGAUUUUUUUUUACCAGUUUUUCCUUUUUUUUUUAUGAUGAUAUAUCUCACCUGUAUACUUCAAUAGCAACAAUUAUUAUGGAAUUAUAAGAUUUUAAGUCAUUAUAUGAGAAGGUGGGUUACUUAUA